CCACAAAUCAAAUCAAAUCACUUCUCUCUCUCUAAAAUGUGCCCAUAAUAAACCACUUCUCUCGAAAUCACUUUCAAGUUUCAAUUUUGAAGAACCCCUCUUGGCCUUUCUUGUGUUGUGUGUACUUCAUAUUUCCCAUUAUGCAAAAUAAUCCCAACCCCACUUGGAUUUCCCUCCGCCACCAGCCCUCCGCCAUGUCCGCCGCCGACCACCAGCCCAUGUUCGAGAAGCCCUUGACUCCCAGCGACGUCGGCAAGCUCAACCGCCUCGUCAUCCCCAAGCAGUACGCCGAGAAGUACUUCCCACUCUCCGGCGCCGCCGCCACCGCCGCCGACAAGGGCCUGCUCCUCAGCUUCGAGGACGAGUCCGGCAAGCUGUGGCGCUUCCGGUACUCGUAUUGGAACAGUAGCCAGAGCUACGUUCUCACCAAGGGAUGGAGCCGUUAUGUCAAAGAGAAGCGCCUCGACGCCGGCGACGUCGUSGUUUUCGAGAGACACCGCCUCGACGGCGACAGGCUCUUCAUUGGCUGGAAGCGCCGCUCCCCGGCUGCGGCGGCGGCGGCGGACGGUGGCCGUAGCCCCGGGGUGGCGCCGCCGUGUAGUAGAGGAUGGACCUCAAUGUUUUGCUCUGGACAUCCCUAUCAUCCUUCUCCACCGCCAUACCAAUCUUCUCAUCCAGAGUCCUCUGUUCAGAGUCGAACAGUGUCCGUGGGGAACUCAAAGAUCCUGCGGCUGUUCGGAGUGAAUUUGGAGUGCCAAACCAACGUGUCGGAACCCGAACCUCCGCCCUCGGGUGGUGGUGGCGGGUUCGAUUUAUCGGGUCGAAACGAUCCGACCCGCCACCACAGCUAUCCACAUUAUUCCCCUCCGCUUCCGCAUCACAUGGAUUUCACUUUUUCACAAGAUGUCAAGCAGACUAAAUAUCAUCAAGGAUAGAGAUGUGUGGACGUGACGUCCCUGUGCAAAACCCACUCUUUUUAUAUCGAAAUCCCCCCCACCACUUCACUUGAGAAGAGUCGCCCCAUCAAGAAAAAAACAAGGAAACAUAGAAUGAGAAAAUGAAAGAGAGAAAAAAAAAGAAAAGAAAAGAAAAAAAAAAUCCCAGAUUUUCUGGCCAACUUUCCAAGAUCGGGGGGUGGGGGUGAAGAGAGAUAUCACAGAUAAGGAGGUGGGUGUGAGAGAGCAAAAAAUGUGGGGUCCAAGAAGAAAGCUAACUAGGGCUGACGUCAUACAUGCAAACCGGAAACUAGGGUCGUUGAAGGUCAGGAAUGAGGAAUCUAUUUGACUACUGUUGAGAUUCUGGCUCAAGAUUUUUGGGAGAGGCUCAAAGUAUAACUAAUGGAGGGGGGUAUGGGGCUGUUCUUGUGCUUUUAUUUGAGUGGGUGGGAUUGGAUGGAUCGGUGACAGCCCUGUCGUACUACCCUGCCUCUACUCCUACUCCUCUCUUUUAUAAGUUUUAGCAAAAUCUAACCUUUCUU